CCCCCUCCAGCCAGCUCUCCGGCCCGCGCUCAGUCUCGCGCCCUCUCUCUCUCUCUGUCUGUUUGUGGAGCGGCGGCCAUGGCGGCGGAGCAGCAGCAGUUCUACCUGCUCCUGGGCAACCUGCUCAGCCCGGACAAUGGCAGCAGGAAGCAGGCCGAGGAAACCUAUGAAAGUAUACCAGGACCGUCCAAGAUCACGUUCCUACUUCAAGCAGUUAGGAAUGCCGGAGCUGCUGAGGAGGCCAGACAAAUGGCAGCAGUACUGCUGCGUCGGCUUUUGUCAUCCUCCUUUGAAGAAGUUUAUCCAUCCCUCCCUGCUGACGUCCAGAAUGCCAUCAGAAGUGAACUUCUACUUGUAAUUCAGCUGGAAACUCAGUCCAGUAUGAGGAAAAAGAUCUGUGACAUUGUUGCAGAAUUGGCCAGGAAUUUAAUUGAUGAUGAUGGCAAUAACCAGUGGCCUGAAGCAUUAAAGUUCCUAUUUGACUCUGUGAGCUCUCAGGAUGUAGGCCUGCGAGAAGCUGCGCUUCACAUAUUCUGGAACUUCCCAGGCAUAUUUGGAAAUCAACAGCAACAUUACCUUGAUGUCAUCAAAAGGAUGCUUGUACAAUGCAUGCAGGACCAGAACAUUCCUGUGAUCAGGACUCUGUCUGCUCGGGCAGCUGGUGCAUUUGUACUGGCCAAUGAGCACAACAUUCCUCUGCUGAAGCAUUUUGCAGACUUGUUACCUGGCAUUUUGCAGUCUGUUAAUGAAUCCUGUUAUCAGAAUGACGACUCUGUUCUGAAAUCACUGGUUGAGAUUGCAGACACUGUUCCAAAGUUUUUGAGACCACAUCUAGAGGCAACAUUACAGCUGAGUUUGAAGCUGUGUGCAGACCACUCUUUGAGCAAUAUGCAGCGGCAACUUGCUUUGGAAGUUAUUGUGACCCUUUCUGAGACUGCUGCAGCAAUGCUGAGGAAACAUACAGCCAUUGUUGCCCAAGCCAUCCCUCAGAUGUUAGCCAUGAUGGUUGACUUAGAGGAUGAUGAAGACUGGUCAAAUGCAGAUGAACUAGAAGAUGAUGAUUUUGACAGUAAUGCAGUCGCAGGUGAAAGUGCUUUAGACAGAAUGGCAUGUGGCCUGGGUGGGAAAAUUGUUCUGCCCAUGAUUAAGGAGCAUAUCAUGCAAAUGCUGCAAAACCCUGACUGGAAGUACAGGCAUGCUGGUCUGAUGGCAUUAUCUGCCAUUGGUGAAGGUUGUCACCAGCAAAUGGAGGGUAUUCUUAAUGAGAUGGUCAACUUCGUUUUACUUUUUUUGCAAGAUCCUCAUCCCAGAGUUCGUUACGCUGCCUGUAAUGCUAUUGGACAGAUGGCAACUGACUUUGCACCAGCUUUUCAAAAGAAAUUUCAUGAGAAGGUUAUUGCCAGUCUGCUGCAGACAAUGGAGGACCAAGGAAAUCCCCGUGUUCAGGCUCAUGCAGCUGCUGCUCUCAUCAACUUUACUGAAGACUGUCCGCAGACCCUUCUUAUUCCAUAUCUGGAUAACCUAGUAAAGCAUUUACAUGCCAUUAUGGUGGUCAAACUGCAAGAGCUUAUUCAGAAGGGUACAAAGCUGGUACUGGAACAAGUUGUGACUUCAAUAGCAUCUGUAGCUGAUACCGCUGAAGAAAAAUUUGUUCCCUAUUAUGAUUUGUUUAUGCCAUCCCUGAAGCACAUUGUGGAAAAUGCUGUGCAGAAAGAACUCCGGCUUCUAAGAGGGAAGACAAUUGAGUGCAUCAGUCUAAUUGGUUUGGCUGUUGGCAAGGAGAAGUUCAUGCAAGAUGCUUCUGACGUUAUGCAGCUGCUGCUGAAGACACAGACUGACUUCAGUGACUUGGAAGAUGAUGAUCCACAGAUUUCAUAUAUGAUCUCUGCUUGGGCACGAAUGUGCAAAAUUCUGGGCAAAGAGUUUCAGCAAUACCUUCCUGUGGUCAUGGGACCGCUAAUGAAAACUGCAUCUAUUAAGCCUGAGGUGGCUCUUCUGGACACACAAGAUAUGGAGAGUAUGAGCGAUGAUGACGGCUGGGAAUUUGUUAAUCUGGGUGAUCAGCAGAGUUUUGGAAUCAAGACUGCCGGACUUGAAGAAAAGGCAACUGCAUGUCAGAUGUUGGUUUGUUAUGCCAAGGAACUAAAAGAAGGGUUUGCUGAUUACACAGAACAAGUUGUGAAGCUAAUGGUCCCGUUGCUUAAAUUUUAUUUUCAUGAUGGGGUUCGAGUUGCUGCCGCAGAGUCCAUGCCUCUUCUUUUGGAGUGUGCAAGGGUGCGUGGUCCUGAAUAUUUGACAGAGAUGUGGCAUUUCAUGUGCGAUGCUUUGAUUAAGGGUAUUGGAACAGAGCCGGAUUCAGAUGUGCUCUCAGAAAUUAUGCACUCUUUUGCUAAGUGCAUUGAGGUAAUGGGAGACGGAUGCCUUAACAAUGAACACUUUGAAGAACUUGGCAGUAUCCUGAAAGGCAAGCUAGAGGAGCACUUUAAAAAUCAGGAGCUGAGGCAAGUGAAGAGACAAGAUGAAGAUUAUGAUGAGCAAGUAGAGGAAUCAUUACAAGAUGAAGACGAUAAUGAUGUUUACAUCCUGACAAAAGUAUCAGAUAUUUUGCACUCUAUAUUCAGUAGCUACAAGGAGAAGGUGUUGCCGUGGUUUGAACAGUUAUUGCCUUUAAUCGUUAAUUUAAUUUGCCCUCACAGACCAUGGCCAGACAGGCAAUGGGGUCUCUGCAUUUUUGAUGAUGUGAUAGAGCAUUGUAGCCCAUCGUCCUUCAAAUACGUUGAAUAUUUUCUAAGGCCCCUGUUGGAGUCCAUAUGCGAUAACAGUCCUGAAGUUCGGCAAGCAGCUGCGUAUGGUAGUGGAGUAAUGGCACAGUUUGGAGGUGAUAACUAUCGACCUUUUUGCACAGAGGCUCUUCCCCUACUUGUUGGGGUUAUCCAGGCACCUGAUUCUAAAACCAAAGAGAAUGUUAAUGCAACAGAAAAUUGCAUCUCCGCCGUAGGGAAAAUCAUGAAGUUCCGUUCUGAUUGUGUAAAUGUAGAGGAGGUGCUGCCCCACUGGCUGUCAUGGCUGCCGCUUCAUGAGGACAAAGAAGAAGCCGUUCAUACAUUUAACUUCCUGUGUGAUCUAAUUGAAAGUAACAAUCCCAUUGUGCUAGGACCCAACAAUUCAAAUUUACCCAGAAUAUUUAGUAUUAUAGCAGAUGGAGGCAUCCAUGAAUCUAUUAAAAAAGACGACAUAUGUGGUAAACGGCUUGCUAAUGUAGUUCGACAAGUACAGGCCUCAGGAGGAUUGUUUGCAGAAUGUGUAUCACAACUGAAUGCAGCCCAGCAGAAAGCUUUACAGGAUCUGCUUAGUACUGUGUGAAAGAUUCUACCAUCUUAUAUCAGGAAAACUAACAUCGAAUAAACUUACCUCUUCUGUUUAGGCUUCUUUUGUUUGUUUUGUUUUUGAGGGGGGGAAAAAAAACGGUAGUGCUUAUAGGCCAUUUUUUCUGCAGGCCAUAUGAUAUGGUUGGGAGAAAAACCCUGUAUCCCAGACUGAAAUAAUUUAAAUGGAUACCUUCCAACAAGAAAAGACGCUUCCUGCAGAUCUACAAUUAACUCUAGAAGGAUUUAUUUUUCUAUUCUUAAAUGUGUAUGAUCCUUCCACAUCUGUGGCUAGGAAGAACAGCUUUACAUUGUCUUGAGUUUCAAUAAAUUUAAGUCUGGGUGCUGGAUUUGGGUCUUUAGGUAAAUGGACCUUCAAUCCCAUGUGCAGAGGGGCCUACAAUUCUUCUGAAAGGGUGCUUUCCCACCCUGUUCAGGAGACAGUGGUUUGAUAAGUUUAUCAUUAGUUAAUUAGCACGAUGUUAUAAUCGUCAAGACAGAUUUGUCUGUCCUUAGUAUUACCACAACUCUGCAUUGAGUGUGGAAUAGAAAAAAAAUCCUUAUACCCUGUGAAGUCAAAUAUAAAACUGAAGGUUUGAAGACUUGUGAGAUUUGCAUGACGAUUCAUUUGAAAUCCAUACCUUUGGGGGCUGAUUAAUUUAUGCUCCCCCUUUUGCCCAGAAGAAUUGUGGAUUGAUGCAGGAAAAUAUUUAGCUUCAGGUCCUUUGAAUGUGAAAUGUCUUUUUGGCAUGUCUGGCAAUAUCUCCUUCACUCUUCAAUAAACACUAUUGAAAUACAUCUUAGUCUUUGAACAAAUUCCAUGCUGUCUGCUUUGUUGUAUACCGUUACUCUAAUAAACUCUUGUUAGGAGCUCAUCAGUCAGUACCUUGCUUAAAAUGCAAAAAAUGGUUUAGUCGAUGAAUUUAUUCACUCGUUCUAAUAAACAUUUCUUAUCUA